AUGUUUUUUUGCUACUAUCCUGUUGGUCAUCCAGUGAAGUUUAAGAAACCAAAGAAGUAUAAUCCUGAAUGGUUUGGUCUGAUCAAAUGUAAGGUCUUGGCUCCUAGAGGUUUAUACCACCCUGUGUUGCCUGUUAAGACAGAGAAACUUCUCUUCCCCCUCUGUAUCAAAUGUGCUAAAGAUAAGACCAAGGUUUGUGAACAUACUGACGAGCAGCGGAUUUUUAGUGGAACAUGGACAACCAUUGAAAUCAAUAAAGCAUUGGAGAAGGGGUACAAAGUAUUGGAGAUAAAUGAGGUUUGGCACUUUAAACAGAAAUCAAAUGACUUGUUCAAGGGUUACAUUAGAGACUUUAUGAAGAUAAAAUUGGAAACUUCACCAUGGCAAAAGGACUUUAAAACAGUUGAAGAGUAUAUGGUUGCAGUUAAGAAUGGUGUUGGGAUAGAGCUGGAUCAAAACAUGAUUGUGGAUAACCCUGGGAAACGUGCUGUUGCUAAGAUAUGCUUGAAUAGUUUAUGGGGUAAAUUCGGACAAAGGACAAAUAUGACCCAAACAAAGUAUGUUACUGAGGCUUUUGAGUUCUACAAGAUACUAUUGGAUGACAGCUUGGAUAAGACCAACAUCACUCUUGUCAAUGAUAAUAUAGUACAAAUAUCUUAUAACAAGAAGGAUGAUUUUGUGGAAAAUGCAAAUAAUAUAAAUGUCUUUGUAGCUGCAUUCACAACAGCUAAUGCAAGACUGAGAUUGUAUGAUAUGCUGGAUCAGCUAGGAGAGAGUGUUACUUAUUAUGACACGGAUUCUGUGGUGUAUAUAGAUGAUGGAAAGAAUAACGUGAAGACAGGCUGCAUGUUGGGUGAAUGGACUGAUGAACUUGGGCAAGACGAUUAUAUAAAUGAUUGGAUCAGUACUGGUCCAAAAAGCUAUUCUUAUCAAACUGCAAAAGGUAAAGGGACCUGUAAGAUCAAAGGCUUCACACUGAACCACAAAAAUGGUGAGAAGCUGAAUAUGGACUCUAUGAAGAAGAUACUUGAAGGUGAGAUUAAAAAGGUGGCUAUCGAUUAUAACCAGAUAUGCCGCGAUGUGAAGACAAAGAAGCUAGUGAAUAAGCAUGUAACAAAAGAUUUCAAACUGGAUUAUGACAAGAGAGCAGUGUUAGGAGAGGUAGAUGGGAUUAUAGAUACAUUACCUUGGGGAUACUGA